AUGAAUAGACAAAGAAACAACUUGGGUACAACGGCUAGGGCGUCGCCGCAUAACGACGCGCAGGCACAUCGCCCUACACCUGUGACAAGUGGGCUAGGGCUACCGAGUCAAGUACGGGCUCGGCUAAAGACGCUAGUACCCAGAAAGCUCCGCUUUGCAAGUUGGAUCAUAGGAACGCUCACAGGACGCUGCACUGAGUUGGCCGAUGUACUGACUAGGCGCAGAGUACACGCUGCGUUUCUGCAAGAAACUCGCUGGAAGGGAAACAAGUCGCGUGAUAUAGGCCAAGGGUAUAAGUUAUUAUACUCUGGCUCUCCUUCAGGAAGAAAUGGGGUUGCUGUAGUUUUGUCUGAAGAAUUCCAAAAUGGCCAUUUAGAGGUCGACAGGAUCGAUGACAGACUCCUCCGGGUGAAGGUCCUGAUUGAAGGUAAUGUUACCAAUUUAAUCAGUGCCUACACUCCGCAGGCUGGUUGUCAUGAGUCUGAGAAGGAGGCAUUUUGGAAUAAGUUUGAAGACUUACUACAGCGCGUACCUCGUUCCGAGUGGAUAGUUGUGGGUGGAGAUCUGAAUGGCCACGUGGGUGAGAUGUCAGAGGAGUUUGAACGUGUUCAUGGUGGCUACGGCUACGGUCGCGCUAAUGCAGAAGGAGACUCUAUUAUCCGGGCUUGCCAUUUGGCUGACCUAGCUAUCGUCAACACGUUCUUCGAAAAGAAACCUCAGCAUCUCAUCACGUACAGAAGCGGACAGCACUGCACUCAAAUUGACUAUUUGCUCAUAAGGAGAUGCCAAAUCGGUAAAGUAUCGAACUGCAAAGUCAUUCCCGGGGAAUGUCUCACCGCACAACACCGCAUUCUUGUCAUGGACUUGCUGGUAGUACCUAAAAAGAAAAUACCCGAGCGACGCAUUGCAAGAACUCGCUGGUGGCGUCUGAAUGGACCCGAAGAAAGUGACUUCCAAAAAGCCGCGAUAGGCAUAGACCUAAGUGCUGGCCCGCUAGAUUCAGUGGAUGCUUACUGGAAUCGGAUCCAAGCGGAAAUCACUGGCGUAGGUAAGCGUGUGUUGGGAAUUUCAAAGGGAGGCCGCGUCAUCGACAAAGAGACAUGGUGGUGGGAUGACUCAGUUCAGGAGGCGAUUCUGGAGAAGAAGAAAAGAUUCAGAGAAUGGCAACAGUCUGAAUCACCUGAAGACAAAACCGCGUACCAAUCUGCCAAGUUCGCCGCAAAGCGAGCGGUAGCUAUAGCCAGACAUCGUAAGAUGUCUCCUUUGUAUGAAAAACUAGAAUCAAGGGAGGGCCAGAAAACCAUCUUCAAGAUAGCUGCAGCUCGAGACAAAGCCACACAAGACAUAGCCAAAUGUCUCUGUGUAAAAGAUUCUACUGGCAACUUGCUGUGGGACGCGGUAGAAGUGAAAGAGAGGUGGCGGGAGUACUUCCAUGAAUUACUGAACACCGAACACUCAGUUGGUUCUCCUCCUCCAGAGUUGCCAUCUAAUUGCGGACUUAUAAGCCCCAUCACCAGAUACGAGGUUCGCAGAUGUCUUCGCGGUAUGAAAAACCGGAAAGCUGUGGGCCCCGACGACUUGCCGAUAGAAGCGUGGAAAGCGAUAGGCGAUCAUGGUGUUGACCUAUUAACUGACCUUUUUAACCUCAUACUAACUAGCCGACGGAUGCCCGAUUCUUGGAGAUCAAGCAUCAUCUGUCCAAUUUUUAAAGGCAAGGGUAGUGUACAAGACUGCGGAAGCUACCGAGGAAUUAAGGUUAUGUGUCACACCAUGAAGCUCUUCGAACGCAUUAUCGACUCGAGGCUGCGGCAAGAGUGCACUGUCUCGGACUGUCAAUACGGAUUUCGACCUGGAAGUGGCACGAUUGAUCCGAUAUUUGCCCUCAGAACUCUGACCGAAACUUAUAGGGAUAAAAGAAAGCCCCUUUACAUGGCCUUUCUUGACCUGCAAAAGGCUUUCGAUUGUAUCCCACGUCAGAUGAUCUGGUGGGCACUGAAGGUGAAGAACGUGCCACAAGUCUACAUUGACAUUAUCCGAGACAUGUACCGCGAUUCGGUUUCUCUGGUAAGGACCUCCGUUGGCGACACAAAACCUUUCCCGAUUACAGUUGGUGUUCAUCAAGGCUCCGCUCUGAGCCCCUUUCUGUUCAGUGUGGUGCUUGACGCUGUCACGGCAGAGAUACAAAACCCACCGCCGUGGUUGCUCAUGUAUGCAGACGACAUCGCACUGACAGACGAGGACAAACAGGUAUUGGAGCGAAAGGUGAACCAGUGGAAGGGGUCGCUAGAAAACGGAGGUCUGAAGCUAAAUGUCGCGAAGACCGAAUACAUGGCCUGCGGAAGUACGGAUUCCACUCCCAUAAACAUAGGGAACGAACCUGCCGUGAAAACGGACAAGUUUAAGUACCUGGGAUCAGUACUGCAUGAGUCCGGGAUCAUUGAUCACGACAUCCGAGCCCGAAUCAGCGCGGCUUGGUCUAAAUGGCGGGAGGUCACAGGAGUCAUCUGCGACCGCAGAAUACCGCUUAGACUCAAAGGGCUAGUGUAUAAGUGCAUUAUCCGUCCAGUCCUACUUUAUGGCGCCGAGACGUGGCCGGUUCUUGGAAGGCAUGUUCAGGAGCUUCGCGUUACUGAGAUGAAGAUGCUGCGAUGGAUGUGCGGCGUUACGCGCGCUGACCGCAUCCGUAACGAGUACAUCCGUGGCAGCCUCGCAGUCCGUGACGUAGCGGAGAAGCUCCAAGAAUGUCGCCUCCGGUGGUUCGGCCACGUUUGCCGCAGGCCAGCUGACUACGUAGGAAACAUAUGCCUUAACCUAGCCCUUGACGGCCCCCGACCCCGCGGCAGACCAAAAAAGCGAUGGCUCGAUGUCGUGAAAGCAGAUAUGAGCGUGAACGGGCUCACACGAGACGACGCCCAGGAUCGCGCAAAGUGGAGGAAAGCAAGUAGGAAAGCGGACCCUGGCAAAGGCCGGGAUAACGCUAGGUAGAAGAAGAAGAAGAAUAGA